AUGAACCAGCUACAUACGAAUCACGUAGGCGUCAAUAUCUGGCAUGGAGGGCUCAACGUCAUGAGCAAGGCUCUUGGUCUCACAAGCGUGAAAUGUGCCCGAUCAUGUGUGGGCCUCCUCUCCAUUCCUCGUUUGUGUCACUCGACUGCUUCGUUAUCGACUGCUGGACAGCGACAACGGGACAACAACACUCGCUUUGGUAACAAGCAGCUGGGUCGUGCUUUGGAACGCAACAAGUUGGGUCGUCGAGAUCGGUCUCAGCAUGGCGUUGCCUCCACCUCCCCUUCCUACCAAGGAACCUUUCAGGCCAAGUCCGCAGGAGACAAUGCCUUCUACAAGCACACCGCCGGCACCAAACAGACCGCUACCACCGACACCAAACUCAAGGAAAAGCACAACACACAGCCGAUCUGGAUCAGUGUCAAGCACUUUCAGCUCUCCAAGCCCGCCGCCGACUCAACCACCGCCCUUAAAAUUACAAGCUUCGCUGAACACGAUCUCGGAAACACGGCCCGAAACGGCGUCAUCACUAGGAAAAAAAUCUGGGCAUUCAAGACUACACACACAGUCGUCAUGGACAUCUCUAGCUUCGACUACAAGGACCAUCAAAUAUGGGCAAGGCAAGCACAGUGGAGUUGA